AUGCACCCCCUUGAUGCCCUCUCCGCACAGGAAAUCCCGGCCGCGGCAGACCUGAUUCGCCAGUUCGCUGCUCCCAAACAACUGAAGUUCAACUGCAUUACCCUGCAUGAACCAGCCAAGGCGGAAUAUGCAGCUUUCCGAGCUGGCUUGGGCCCUCGGCCUGAGCGACGUGCCUUCUCCAUCGCGCUUGAACGGGGAACCCCCAAGGUCUCGGAAGUGGUGGUGAACCUCACGACUCAGCGAGUGGAGUCCUGGAAGGAUGUCCGAGACGCUCUUCCCACUCUGACUUUGGACGACUUGGACAUCGUUGAGCGGGUUGCCCGGACCCACCCGAAAGUGAUCCAGGUCUGUCAAGAGAUUGGCAUCACGGAUAUGUCCAAGGUCUACUUCGAUGCAUGGGCUAUCGGUAUCGAUGAACGCUGGGGCUUCGAACGAAGACUGCAGCAGGCACUGCCGUAUUACCGGAGUUCGGCCUACGACAACCAAUACGCUCACCCGUUGGACUUCACCAUCGUGGCCGAUACGGAGACCGAGGAAAUUCUGGCCAUUGAUGUGCGUCGGGUUAACGGAGAAAGAACAUCGGUUCCCUGGCAAGAGCACAAUUACCUGCCCGAGUUUAUCUCCGACUUUUAUCGCCAUGAUCGCUUGAAGCCGGUGGAUAUUACGCAGCCCCAGGGAGUUUCAUUCCGCAUGAAUGGCAACGAGAUUGAGUGGGCUGGGUUUAAGAUGCAUAUUGGCUUCAAUUAUCGAGAAGGCAUUGUAUUGUCUGAUGUGCGGGUGGAUGACCCGUAUGAACAGCGCGAGAGGACCCUGUUCAACAGAAUCAGCGUCGUCGAGAUGGUAGUUCCCUACGGAUGUCCCAAACCUCCGCAUCAUCGCAAACACGCCUUUGAUGUUGGAGAAUAUGGGAGUGGCUUGAUGACGAAUUCUCUCAAGCUCGGCUGUGACUGCAAAGGGACCAUCCACUACCUCGACGCCGUGCUUUCCACGGCCACAGGGGAGCCGACAGUUGUGAAAAAUGCAGUGUGUAUCCACGAGGAGGACAACGGCCUCCUCUAUAAACAUACAGACUUCCGAGAUAAUCGUGUCAUCUCUGCCCGGGACCGCAAGCUCGUCAUUUCCCAAAUCAUUACCGCAGCUAAUUACGAAUAUGCGUUCUACCACACAUUCACAUUAGAUGGGACCUAUAAGUUGGAGAUGAAACUGACCGGGAUGCUAAACACAUAUUGCUUACACUCCUCGGAGCAGGCGGCUCCCUAUGGGACGGAGGUGGCCAAGGGGAUUGACGCCCAGAACCACCAGCAUAUAUUUUCGCUCCGUGUCGAUCCGGAGAUUGACGGGACAUGCAAUACCGUGGUGCAGAGUGAUGCUGUGCCGGCGGAAGAGCCGGUAGGCUCGGAGGGCAAUCUCUAUGGGAAUGGCUUCCUGGCGAAAAAGACUCCUCUCCGAACUGCGUUGGAAGGGGCCACCACAUACUGUCACGAAACCAAUCGCUCCUGGGAUAUUAUCAACUCCAGCCGACUCAGUGUCGCCAAGAAACCCGUGGGUUACAAGAUCAUCAACAACCAGUGUCCUGCCCUGCUAGCCAAACCCGGAAGUACAGUCUACAGGCGAGCUGGGUUUGCCCGCAAAUCCCUUUGGGUCUUGCCGUACCGAGAUCAUGAGGUCUUCCCAGCAGGAGUCUAUGUGUGCCAGUCAACGGGGGAGCCCAACCAUCCCGAUAACGAAACCAUUGUGGACUGGGCAGCGCGUAAUGAGUCGAUCGAGAACACGGACAUCGUGUGUUACAUCCAAUUCGGCCUGACGCAUUUUCCACGCACAGAGGAUUUCCCGAUCAUGCCAGCAGAGCCUGUCAGCGUCAUGCUGCGGGCAUCCAACUUCUUUCAGAAGAACCCAGCUCUGUGGGCGCCCCCAUCCAACGUGUCCAGAGAUUAUACCUCGUGCGAUGCCUUCCCGGCCAAAGGCGGAUGCUGUCCAUCGAAGGCGGCUCCGAAGCUCUAA